AUGAGUAUGCUUGGUGUUCAAAGAUUAAAUGAACCUUUGUUGGGAAGAAGAUCAUCUAUUUAUAAAUACAGAGGAUAUAUCUAUCCAGAAUUUAUUGCCAAUAAAACUCACCAGAUACAUUUCUUUAAAACACGUGAAGAUGAUGUUUGGAUAGUUUCCCAUCCGAAAGCUGGAACUACUUGGAUGGAGGAAAUAGUUUAUUUAAUUACAUCAGAUUUAGAUUUUAAAACAGCAGGAGAAAAGACUCUGGAAGAUAGAAUACCAUAUUUUGAAUUUGAAUACCCAGGGUUGCAACAUAUUAAAAAUAUGCCUUCAAAACGAAUCAUUAAAUCUCAUCUUCCUAUGUCUUUUUUACCAAAUGAUAUUAAAAAGACAAAGCCAAAGAUUGUGUAUGUAGCUCGUAAUCCAAAAGAUACUGUAGUUUCUUAUUACCAUUUCCAUAAAAUGUUAAAAGUCAUCACCUAUUCUGGUACAAUAGAUGAUUUUGUAGAUAGUUUUAUAGAUGGGAAAUGUAUUUAUUCUCCAUGGUGGAAUCAUGUAUUAGAAGCAUGGAAACAAAAAGAUAAUGAAAAUGUUUUCUUUGUGAAAUAUGAAGAUAUGAAAAAGGACAUUAAGUCAGUCAUCAGGGAAGUGAGUAAGUUUUUAGGUAAAUCAUUAAGUGAGAAAGAAAUUGAUCAAAUAGCAGAAUACACCCAGUUUGAUAAAAUGAAGAACAAUCCGAUGUCAAAUUAUUCUUGGUGGAAAGAAUCUGGUUUUAAAGAUGGUCAGACUGAUUUUUUACGCAAAGGUAUUGUAGGGGAUUGGAAGAAUGAAUUACAACAAGUUCAUGUUCAUGCUAUAGAUAAAAUGGUAAAUGAAAAGUUAGCAGGAUCUGGUUUAGUCUUUGAAGAUAGUAUAUAG